ACACACACACAUACACACCGGAAAGACAACCCUAAAGUGUACAUGUGCGGAUAAACACACACACACACUCUGACGCGUGCUGAGUGCAGGAAUCACAAACAUAGCGACACACAGAAGGGCUAGCGCGUGACGCCAGCAACCUAACGCCGUUGUCUCUCUCUCUCUCUCUCUCACACACACACACACACUUCGUCUCUCUCUCUCUCUCUGUCUAUCUCUCUCUUUCACACACACACACACACACACACUCACGCCUCUCAGACGCACACAGCAGCACACAAGCCAGUGAGCAGGACGGCGCUGGACGUAUCAUUCAUAUAGGGAAUAGAUCCGAAGAAAAGGAUUAACUAUCUCCAUCCCUCUCCCUCUAAGGACCUUAUCGUCUCUUCCCUCCUCUUGUGUCUCUAAGCCUCUCUUCCCCUCGUUUUUUUUUCUACAAUCCCUCAUUUUUACAAUUCAUUGGUGGGUUGAAGGGAAGCCAGGGGGAUUGUCUCUGUACAGAAAGCGGGAUUAUUCUUACAUUAUUCAUUUCACCAGGAUCUUGAAUGUAUGGAUUUCUUUACCUGAAGUGGGGACAGUUUUUCUUCUAUGUUUUGAAUCUUUUUUAAUUUUUUGGAUAUUUUUGGGGGGGAUGGCUGAAGGCAGAAAUCUAUAAGGCUGGUGCUGUCUGAGAUAUUUGGUCAAAAGGUGUUUUGGUGUAGCUUUUCGCAGUCACCGCCCUAGUGGAGGCUGCAGGCAUGGCGGCUUGACAUCCGCAUAGCCCCGCCCCUCCGACAGAGGAAGGCUGCAGAGCUCUGUGUCAUGCCCCCCCACACCCACCUCCCUGGGGGCAUAGGCCUCCCCCCUCCCAGUGCUACCACCCACUUGGCCAGACCUGUCUUCCUCUGUGUCCUCUGCCUCCUGGCGGCGCUGCUGCCACCAGCCUCCUCCUGCCCUCCUCCCUGUCUCUGCUCCUCAGAUGGCCUGGUGGUGGACUGCGGGGGCCGGGGUCUCUCUUCCCUGCCUCCCCUGCACCUCAUGCCUCCGGGGAGCCGCUCCUUCCUGCUAGCCAACAACAAGCUUGCCUCGCUGGGAGCCUCUGCCUUCGCUAACCUCUCCUCUCUGGAGGAGCUGGACCUCUCUAAUAACUACCUAGAUAAUUUACCAGCUGGAUUAUUCAGAGACAUGACCAACUUGACGAGGCUGACUCUGCACAACAACUCACUAACAGUAAUGGACAGAGACCUCUUCCAGGGUUUGGGGGGUCUUCAGAGUCUGGAUCUGUCCCUGAACGGACUGUCCUCUGUUCCUCUCGGGCUACUGGACGAGCUGCAGAGCCUCAGGUGGCUGUCUCUAGCGGGUAACAGGCUCCAUGGUUUGGAGAGGGCAGCGUUUGAGCCCCUUGCCAACCUACAACACCUGGAAUUGGGACACAACCCCUGGGAAUGUGACUGCAACCUCCGCGAUUUUAAACACUGGAUGGAGUGGCUGCUGUACAGAGGGGGGAAAGUGGACGCAGUGGAGUGCACGCUACCGAAGGAUCUGCGUGGGCGAGACAUCCGUGGUGUUCCAGUGGAAAUGUUCAACUACUGCCUCCAACUUGAAGAUGAGAACGGAGGAGGUGAAGGUUCCCGUUCUGGACAAAAAGGUGUUCCUCCUUGCAGCAGGAACGCUCUUAACCCCAGUGGAGCAACACCAAUUUCUGACAACAGCGGCAACACUGGUGAUGACUCCUCUUCAAACACAGGAGGUGGAGGAGGAGGAGGAGGAGGAGGUGGGGAGGCCUCGUCGGAUUGUGUACGCGCCCGUUACCGACCUGUGAGUGUGCGCCGCGCCAUCGGCACGGUGGUGAUUGCCGGCGUGGUUUGCGGCAUCGUUUGCAUCAUGAUGGUUGCAGCCGCGGCGUAUGGCUGCAUCUAUGCCUCCCUGAUGGCCAAAUACCAGAGAGAGCUGAAGAAGAGGCAGCCGCUGAUGGGAGACGGAGAGGCGGACGGGGAGGAUAGGGAGGAGAAACAGAUCUCCUCUGUAGCCUAGAGGAGUGAUGGGACGGGGGGAGGGUUGGCAUGUCAAAGGGUGAAGGUUGGAAGGGCAAAAAUUUUAAAGGGCUCAAAGAGGAGAUAGAUGGAAGAGUUUGUUUUAUGCACACAGACAGUUAUAGUAUCUCUCCAUCUGACUCUCAAACUGACACCUUUCUCUCACUUUCUGUCUUCCUUUCUUCGUCCUCUUUCUAUUUUCAACCGUCUCCCUCUCUGUCCCUCUUGAAAACACUCCCUCACACACAUACCUUAUCUGUUCCCUAAUUUUCUCUUCCAUUUGGAGCCAUUCUCACUGCAGUAUUUGUUAGCAAUCAUCCUUCCAACUCGCCUACCAACCUCCUACUGCUGCUGUUGGCUGCUGCUGAAUUUAUUUCUAUUGGCCCAGAGAAAAAAUUAGAAUGACACAUAUCAUUUAAACUGUUACAAGACACUCAUGUUGUACGCGCAGUUAGCACUUGUAAAAACUGGAUUAAAUUUUCAGGGAUUUACAGUAUGUAUGGUGGCGAUUGGACCAGUAUUCACAAUAAUGACAGGAAUUUGUGGUAUUAGGCAGUGCCCGGCUAGUUUUGUUUGCAUCUUUCUCCUCCUAAACCUCUCCAAAGCCAGUAGUUCCUCCAAAAAGCCAGGACCCCAACCCAGGACCCUUCACCCUCGUCUGGCCUAAUGCUCCUCUGUUGCUCCGUCGGACCUCUACAUCCCAAAGAAAAAGCCAACAUUGGAAAGCUCAGAGGAAAUUAGGGAAACGUUGUGGAUAAACACAAAAAGAUGUCAUUUAUAUAGUUGAAACCUCUUGAGUGCUUUGUCACAUAGAAAACACUGGGGAUACACAUAGAUUAUAUGUUGAAAGGAAAUCAAACAUUGAGUCUCCUAAGUCUCUUGAGACUUGUCAUGGAUGUUUAAUGUACAAGAGGAAACCAUCUGAAUUGACAAAAUGAUCAUUCGUGGAUUGCUAGAAAUAGAUUCUACCCUAUCUGGACCACAUAAUGGAUGUUAUCAAUCAGUUAAAUGGGGAGCAAACCAUUUAACUGGAAUUUAACUGGAAUUUCCCUGUAUUUGUCCCAUUUCCUCAGAAAAAGGCUCUUGCUUACUUGAUGCUUGUUAAAUGAUUAUAAUGAGUAUCUUAUGAAAAAAGGGGACGUUUUCUGGUGUUACUUGGACUAUGCUUCUGGACUGGUUCAGAGAUGUCCUACAAUGGUUUUAAUGAAGGACCACAGACUUUGCUUUAAAGUACAUCAUCUUUGUUCAGAGCUCAUUCUCAGACUGAUUUCGCCCUCAGCGGUGAAAGUUUGCUACUAUGGCAUGGAAAAACUAUCUCAGAGAACCCUGUCUCCUGGCAAGGACUACAAAAAUCCAUCUAAGGACUACAAACUUCAGACUCCUGCACUUUAUUUCCCCAAUCAGUUCCCCUCUGGCCUCCCUCUCCCCUUCCCUCUCUUUCUUUCUAACAAGGACGAUCUGCCCAGAGGGAUUAUGAUGAACAAGGGAUUGAACAAAAAGACGCUGCUAUUUUACCCCCUCCUCCUUCUUGUCCUUUUAUCUCUCCAUCCAUCUUUCCAUGCAGUGCUAUUUAUGGAAAGUUUUGUCACACUUCCUUAAAGAUUUCCACCUCCUUUCUUUCCUUAAUCCAUGCCUUUUGCCAUGUUGUUGCCCCUUAUGUUUUCCCCAAAGGAUCUACAAUAUGCAAUGGAAGCUAUGUCACUCUCACUUGAAAAUGUAGUCACUGCCAAAGAGUCCUUCUGUUAUAAACUUAGCAAUCACCACUUAUUUGAGUCUGUUUGACUGGCACACAUUCUCGAUGCAUUGACAACAAGUUAGUUUGUUUACUUUGCAUAGUGUUUUCUUGAAAAUCCUAAUUUAUGCCUUUGAAAUAUUCAUGUAAACUUUAACAUUUUAUCGUUAGCAGAGUAGGACGUUUGUGUCUUGAGUGGUAAACAAUCUCAAAAAGUUGGCUUUCAUUGCAUAUUGCUCCCCUACAGUAGAACUAUUGUACCCUCUCAAUUUUAAUUGGCUGGAAGUAAACUUAUAUUAAUAGUGUGUUAUCUUAUACCUGGGUAUGAUGCAGAUAAAUAUUAUUACUAUACUAGCCUCUACUAUGGUGUGUUGGCCCAGCAGUCCCCAAAAUGUUUUUGACGUAACUGUUUAUGGGUUUCUGUAUCAAUUCAUGAUGUAUGUCUUUUGUUGUGUUUAUAAUGUCUAUGUUUCGUUUUUAUUUUAGGUUUUAAAAUCUCUGUAAUGUUUGAUUAUUUGUCGUGUUUUAUUUUAUUUGUGAUCAAUAGUUGGUAAAGUUUCUGCAAGAAGCAUAGAAAGAGUUUGGCCAGAGUGUGAAAAGGCCCAAUGUUGCUGCCUCGUCUCUGAAAUUCAUCAUAUUGAUUUAACUCAGCAUUGAAUAAUGUAGACAACAAGUCACCUUUUUGUCUUAAAUUUUUUUUACUUAAUGCGUUGACACUAGCUCUAUUUUCUACAAAUGAUUAUAUUGUGAAACUAAUUUGAAAAAGAGCAUUAUGGUGAAUCAUACAGCCCAAUUACAAGAUAUCAGAUAGUAUAUACAUAUCUACAUGAUGUUCCUUUCCCAUACUUUUCAAUGGGGUAUUAUUUUAUCACCAAUAGCCGCACUUCAUGACUAAAACACAGUAAAACUGUGGUUAAGGCAAUGUAACUUAACUAAGAGGAGAAAGGGUUAAGGAAAUGCUGGGCAAGAGUAGUCAUGGUUAAAUAAUAAAAAUGUCAAAGCUCAUGUCUUGCAUGAACACUGAAAUCAGUGUUGAAUUCACACUCUUACGAUCUCCAUGCACUUCAAUUUUUUGCUACAUUUAAACUCAUUACACUCCAAACAAUAAGAAAAAGCGAAAGGUUGCUUAUAAAAAUUAUUUGUAAGAAACUGGGGCUAGUGGGAUAUGUGAUAAGUCAAGAUGCACAAAAGCUAGAGUUUGGUUUAUGAUUAUUUAAUCCCUCAGUCCAAUAUUGAUCAAGUUUGCAUUGCAAAUGAAGUUUAGAUGCACUUCAGCAACAAUAGUCACCUCACUAAUGUAAGAGAUAGAAAAGAUGAGCUGGAAACUAUAAAUCAGGUAUAUUUUUACAUUAACAAUUGGCAUCUUGAGGAGAUGUGUGAAAACAUGGUAAAAGGAUUUUUUAAAGGGAUUUAAAUGACAAAUGUAAACAUGGCCGUCAACCGGGACUCAGGGGCAGUAACUGAAAGAAAGGCAACGUCUAAACUCUUUCUAUAAAUCCAGAAACAUCGUUCUCUCACCCCCUGGUCUGCAGGUCUUGUGUUGUUGGUAGCUAAGUAUCUUAGCUAGCUGAAUCCUGUUCCUAUAGCCUGUGUGUGUAAAGAAUAAUAAAUUAUAGUUUGCUACGCAAAAACUGCAGCAGCCAUGUUGACUGAGGGCCUCAAAGACUACAAUGCCCAGAGAUUUAUGGUGUGUUGUGUUAUUAUGAUGAUUGUGAUUAUGACGAUGAUAAUAUGAUGAUGAUGAUGAUGAUGAUGAAGCAUUUCCUGGUCAAUAUGCAUUGAUUUAAAUAAAAACAUAUCACUCUGAA